GCAGGCGCAGCUGGCCGGGCAGGCAGGGAGCCUGGCGCGGCGGGGCUGAGCGCUACCCCCCGGCGCUCCGGGAGCUGCGCGGCUGGCUCCGGGCAGCGCCAUGGGCGGCGGGGCGCUGAAGAUGCUGCUGCUGCUGCGCUACCUGGCGCUGGGCGCCGCGCCGGAGCAGGAGCCCUCCGAGCUGGGCUCCGCACUGCCCCCAGGUGAAGUGAACUUGCUGGACAGGCUGACUUCUUCCGCCCAGGACCUCAGCAACGUUUCUCUCAGUUACGACGACGCCAACUGCAGCGUCUUGGCAGUCGGGCAGUACUCCACCCUGAGCAUCUCCACCCGGGAGGCCUUCGGCGACAGGUUUGCAGAUGAGCUGAGCCUGUUGGUGAAACUCAGGUACUCUCUGAAGGAGGAGACCAGCCUCUUGACCAUCCUGAGUCACCGUAACCAUGUGCUGUUCCAGAUCAGGGUGAAGCCCCACGCCGUGGUCUUUGUCAGCACUCGGCGGCGACAUUAUGAGUUCCCAGUUUCCAGCCUAGGAGACGGGGACUGGCAUCGGGUUGCCCUCAGCAUCUCCUCCGAGAGACUGGAGCUGCAUGUGGACUGUCAGCUGGUGGAGAGCGUGGGCUGGUUCAAUUACUUCGGGCUGGGAGUCAGCACCCAGGGGCUGGUCAUCCUCGGAGGCCUGAUUGAGUCCUUUGAGAUUCCCUUUGAGGGUGCUCUGCAGCAGCUGACCUUCCAGAUGGGAGACCCGUGGGCUGCCGGCGAACACUGUGGGGGCUACCACGCCAGCUGCAGCAGCACGUUCAGCCCGGAAGCUUUCCACAACCAGUCGUGCUCCUGGGGGGAACCGUGCCCCCCUUGGCCGGAGAGCCACGCCCAUUCCCCCGAGAAUCGCCUGGGCAACGAGGGAGAGGGCUCUGCUGCUGUCAUGGGGACGCCGGCGCCUCCGUUAAACGUGCCAAAAGAAACAAACGACAUUCAGGAAUCCUACACUCAGGGCUCAGAAUUUACCUCUUCGGAUUUGGCCCUGAGGAGAAACCUGACCUGGGAGACUCCCCGAGACAACCAUAGUCCUCAUCCCAAUGGAAGUGCCCUCACUUCAGCUCUGUCUACCAAAGGGCUCUCUGGUGAGGAGGACGAGGAGGAGGAAAGCCUUUCUAUUCAAGAGGAAGGCUUUGAGCUUUUGAACUCUACCUACAAUAAAAUUACAGGACCUGGCAGGCCCGGGAUUGGCGGAAGUGAGUUGGAGAUCACAGAAAAUGCCAGUGAUUCCGUUACCACGGUUACCUCAGUUCCUCCCUCUGGGCAUCGAGACGCUCAGGUGGCUGAUGAUCACUUUGUCCUUUUGGGACCCUCCCCUAAAGUCAGCAGACCGGCUUCCAAGAAAGACCACGUUUCGAAACCCCAGGACGAGAACAUCACCACAGAAAAGCUGAAGGGAGACUCAGGCUCUCGGACCUGGUUCUCACCCAGCAAACCAACCGAUGCCAUCAUAGACCUAGACAAUCCUUCCAUCUUCUCCAAAGUGUCUGCAGAGGUCAGUCAGGCAGCGGCCUCUGCAGGAAACAUAUCCAGGCCCCCCUCUUCUGAAUCCCGUAGGGAGGCGGAGGCACCUAUGGGUGGAGGAACCCUAGAGAGCCCUUCUAAAACUUCCCUAAACCCCGAGGAUGCUGUGAAACCAGUGCAUAACACAGGGGCCAUGCUUCGGGAGAAGACAGGCAGUGAAGCAAAGGGAAGUGAGGGCCAUGACCAGGGAAGUGCCUUAUGGACAGCAGCAGAUGGACAACAGGUUCGAGUGAAGCCAGGACCCCGUGGGCCUCAAGGACCACCAGGUUUGCCUGGAUGCCCGGGGAGACAUGGACCUCUGGGGCCCAAAGGAGACAAAGGACACCCUGGCGUAAUGGGGAGAACAGGCCUCCCCGGAGAUCCAGGCCCCCCAGGAGUCCCUGGUGUACCUACCCUUGUUCUCUGGAGGAAUUCCAAGGAGGACUGGCUGGCAUUCAUGCAAUCCUCGUUUUACCAGCUUCUCCAUUCAGGCUGGCCGAGACAGCCAGGACCACGUGGACUGUCAGGGCAUCCAGGAAAACCAGGAUCACCUGGCCCGCCCGGAUAUCCAGGGGAGCCAGGAGAUAAAGGCCGGCUGGGAUAUACGGGGGAGCCUGGACUUCAGGGCUUGCUAGGACGUGCUGGUUUCCCUGGCUCAGAUGGGCUUCCUGGAAUGGAUGGAAAGCCUGGACCAGCUGGGUUACCAGGAGAGCAGGGCCCCCAGGGAUUUAAGGGCGACCAAGGUCCAGAUGGAGAGACAGGAGACCAGGGGUUCUUGGGCGACCCUGGACCACCUGGGGAAAAAGGAGAAAAGGGGGCAAAGGGGGUGAAAGGACAAAACGGCCCCUCGGGACCUGCUGGAGUUCAGGGGAUGAUGGGUAUCAAGGGUGCUUCAGGGUUCCAGGGCCCGCCUGGGCCGCAGGGGGAACAUGGCGCAGUGGGCUCUCCAGGGCCAGCCGGACCUAUGGGCGAGCCGGGGCAUCCGGGGCUGGUCGGCUUGCAAGGAGUCAAUGGCUCUCAGGGAGAAAUGGGCCCUUCCGGCUUGCCAGGCCCCCGGGGCCCCAAGGGACCACAAGGCUUGCAAGGGAGACGUGGGCCCCCGGGGCCGAGAGGAUCACAGGGUCCGCUCGGGGCUGAUGGAUCCCCUGGGCCUAAAGGAGACCCUGGAGCAGCCGGCCCUGCCGGCCUCAGAGGCGAGCGUGGUCAAGAAGGCCCCAUGGGGUCGAUUGGAAUGCCAGGUUCAAGGGGACUCCCAGGAGAGCGGGGUGGCGAAGGCUCAGAUGGAGUGAAGGGGGACCUGGGAACCAAAGGAGACAAGGGAGAACGUGGGCCGCAGGGAAUGAAAGGGCCCCCAGGAGUUCGAGGUCAAAUGGGUGUGCAGGGGUUUCCUGGACCCAGAGGGCCGGCUGGACACCAAGGACCUGAUGGGGAGGAAGGACAGAUCGGCCCACCCGGUCAGAACAGCAGUGAAGGGCCAAAGGGCAGCCGAGGACCAGAUGGCUCGAAGGGAAGGCCAGGGCCGAGAGGACACAGGGGCCGCCCAGGCCAGCGCGGGUUGGUUGGAAUCCCAGGACUCCCAGGCUUACGAGGCGUUCCUGGAAUAGCAGGCCCAGAAGGAAAGCCUGGUACACAGGGUGUAUCGGGUACCCGGGGGAGCCCUGGCAGAAAGGGACCAGCUGGUGUUGGUGGCUUACCCGGUAGCAGAGGGCACGAUGGACCUCCUGGACCAAUAGGCCCUCCAGGAAAACAAGGACCAGAUGGAGACCAAGGGUCACCAGGGCCACAGGGACUGUCUGGUAAACCUGGCUUGGAAGGACUGCAAGGACCUGUUGGGAUGUAUGGCUACCCAGGACUGGUUGGGGACCGAGGAAAGCCAGGACCCAUGGGUGGAAAGGGAGAGCCCGGAGUCCGAGGCCCACGAGGAUUUCCAGGCAAAGACGGUCCCAAAGGUCCCCCAGGCCCACCUGGUGCGAAAGGCCCCCCCGGCCCACAGGGCAGAGUGGGAGACCCAGGUCCUAGAGGGCUUCCGGGACUGCUGGGGCCUCCAGGCAUUCGGGGGCCAGAUGGCAUCCCUGGGAAGGCUGGUAUUCCAGGAGAAAAGGGGCCAGCGGGGCCGAAUGGGGCUGCUGGACUGGCUGGAUACCAAGGCCAGGCAGGGCCAGCUGGGCCUGGAGGGUCUUUGGGGGAGAUAGGAGAGAAGGGUGAAGUGGGGGAGCCUGGAGAAGCUGGCAUCAGAGGCCUGGAUGGAGAGCAGGGUUCCCCAGGACUCCCUGGCGGGGAAGGUCGGCCUGGGUCCAAAGGCGAGCAGGGGGAGGCAGGAAUCCAUGGGGCUCCAGGUGUCCGUGGAGGCUCUGGCGAGCCAGGAGAGGAAGGGCCGAAGGGACGUCCUGGGAGACCAGGGCAGCUAGGAAAAGAGGGUGACAUCGGGGAUCCCGGAGAUAUGGGAGAGCCAGGGCCCAAGGGCGAAAAGGGCGACGAUGGCCCUAGGGGCCCUCCUGGAAUGCCUGGACCAGGUGCCAUUAUGGGAGAAACUGGUGAAAAGGGACUUAGAGGCGAGAAGGGGCAAGAAGGUUUACUGGGUCAGGUCGGUGUGACCGGGCUUCCGGGACCUGCUGGAGCCAGAGGACCAAUUGGUGAAGCUGGCAGGCGAGGGCCACCCGGGUUAGUCGGCCCUGAGGGCGAGAAGGGGGAUCCAGGCCCCAGUGGACUGAUUGGCCCAGCUGGUGUGGCUGGAUUGGAGGGAGUCCCCGGGGAAGCUGGAAGAAAAGGCGAGCGAGGGAAGCCAGGGCCUGCCGGUGCAGCAGGCUCCAGGGGGGAAAGCGGGAUGCAAGGCCCCAACGGCUUUGGCGGGCCUGCAGGACCCAAAGGAGAUGCAGGGGAAAAAGGAGAGAUUGGCCCUCAGGGUUCUUGUGGGCCUCCUGGAGAAGCCGGCGCAGCAGGGCUAAGUGGCGUUGAGGGCCCUCUGGGCGAGAGUGGGAAGCGGGGGGACCCGGGAGAACCAGGACGAACGGGGCCUCCAGGACCACGGGGUCCAGAGGGACAGAGGGGUCGUAAAGGAGAAAAGGGGGAUGGCGGGCGUGAAGGAGAUCGGGGCCUCCCUGGCAAACCUGGCAGACGGGGCAAGCGAGGCAAAGCCGGGCACAAGCUCCCGAGAGGCCCCAAGGGACCCAAGGGCCAGCCCGGUGAACCAGGCUCAGAGGGACCACGCGGCCCACAAGGACCUUCCGGGAUUCCUGGCCUGAAAGGGGUGAAGGGAGACCAGGGCCCAAAAGGGCAGAAGGGUGAGAGGGGCAGCAGAGGCUAUCACGGCCCUCGAGGAGACGAUGGCUUCAAGGGCAAGCAGGGGACCAGAGGUGCUCCUGGAAGGCCAGGACCAAAGGGAGAGCAGGGUGAUGUCGGCCCACCCGGUCCAUGGGGAUCUUCCGGCUUCCCUGGAAUCCCGGGCCUGCUUGGACAAAAGGGACCGAAAGGCUUCCAGGGCCAGCCGGGACCCAAAGGCGCGCCAGGCCUGCCGGGUGCACCCGGCCUUGCCGGUCCCAGGGGACCUUCACUAACCAUCUCCAUGGAGGAGCUGAAGCAUCUGAUUUAUUCCACAAACAAGCUGGACUACAGCACGGUGUGGGCUCUUCUGGACAACUUGGGCCAUGAGCUGAGGAGCCUGGUAGACCCCCCAAAUGGCACCAAAGACCACCCAGCCGCCACCUGCAAGGAGCUCCUCCUGGCUCAGCCUGACCUGCCUGAUGGUUACUAUUACGUAGACCCCAAUCAAGGCAGCCCGCAGGACUCUCUGCUGGCGUUCUGCAACUUCACCGCAGGGGGAGAGACCUGCAUCGCGCCAGUACGCAAUCAGGUGCCUAUCAAAGCCUGGCUGAGAGCAUACGCGGCCGAGGGGACCUUUGAGUGGUUCAGCACCCUGCCCGGGGGCUUCCUGCUGGAAUACCAAGGCACCGGCACCGUCCAGCUCCGGUUCCUGAAGCUGCACAGCAGCCUGGCCACCCAGAAGGUGUCAUACUCCUGCAGGCCUGAGGCCGACGGAGGGGAGCUGCAGCUGGAGAAAGCCAUCAAAUUCCUCGCAGACUCCAGGGCGCAGAGCUACAUGACCACCCUGCAGGGCUGCAUGCUGGAUAACGAGUCGUCAAUCUCUGACACCAUAUUCCGGUUUGACACCGAGGAGCUGGCGCUCCUGCCCCUGCGCGACCUGGCUGUGUUUCACAACGGAGACGCCUCUCACCAAUUUGGAUUCACUAUUGGACCCGUUUGCUUCAGCUGAAACCAGACCCAAAACCCCACUUGCCUUGUGGGACCAUGUGACUGCAGCAACAGGAAUUAAAACCCCCGUCCUGGUGCUGCACCGCCGGCUGCCUUUUGAAAGCUACCCUUCCUAUUUAUGUUUAUAGAUGCAUUAUGCCCUGGACUACACCACCCUCGGAACGAAGAAACUAAUGUUUACAAAAGUAUUUUCUCUAUAAAUAUCUAUAUAUGGUGCUAAUUUAAUAACUGAUGGACCAACUGUCAUUUAACUACAUCCCUUUCGACCUACUUCAAAGACGAGCCGAGCUUUCUGCUGGAGCCAGUUUUCUUCACCUCAUUCGCUCGCCCAAGUAAGUGCCUGGAUCCAUUCUCUGCUGCAGCAGGAACGUGUGUACAGCAGCUGGAGUAGCAGUGACAAGUAGAAAGGCUGGGGAGGUGCUAGUGGAGCUCAAACAGGGAACUCCAGCUGGUUAGAAAUUUUUCCACAAAUUGUGUUUUGCGUGGGGAAAAUGAUUUCUCAAAACCAGACCCUGCUGUGGGAAAGGGUCAGUUGAGAAAAGAGGACUCAAAAAUAGUGAUGAAAAAUUGUUUUUUUUCCCCAUAAUUGUCGUAUUAAGCUGGUUGUAGUUUAACAGUGGUUGAAAUCAAAACAUUUCAGCUAUAGCGCACUGAGCCGUUUCUGAAGGGGGGGGAUUUUCAAUGUGUGAAAAUUGUCACGAUGUUGACUUUGUCCCCAUGCAGGGAUGGGAAAUUUGCCAUCUCAAAUUGCUGCACAAUGGCCAAUGAUUCCUGCCCACUUCUAAGUGCACCCUGCCUCCAGGAGCUAAUGGGAAGCACCUGCACUAAGGUUCCUCUGCCUCGGGCUGCUGGGAUGUUUUCUUCCCCACUGUGAGGCUGGCGCUUGCCAGGAACAUGGUACGAUAACUGUGUCCUCUGUGCUCACUUUGCUGGGUCAGCUCGGCACAUGCUCACCAGCCUCCCCACGGUCCCUGCUUCUCACUCCAACAACGCCUGAACUUUAUCAAGCUUGGUGGGAAAGAAUGUUCUGGUUAUUGGCAGCUUCUGAAAUCAUUAUUCUAAGCAGCAGCUGCCAACAGUUCAGUGGCAGUGAAUGGGGAAGUCAUGCUGUAAAGAAAAAGGGGAAGGCUUGUAGUCGGAUCCCCCCGUCCAUGUAUUGGUGAAAAGCUUCUCUCCAUUUGGGGAGGUAACUGAAGGGCCACACCGGUCUCCUUCUAAUCUGCUGCACCAUGAAUUAGCGUUCCCGGGGUGCCACAGACAAGCAGUGAGCUGAAAACUGUUCAGUUGAACAUGGGCAUGUUCCUAUUACGUGGCUAGGGUCAGGGCAGUGGAAGGGGAAGGGUGCUAAUCUGUACCGUAUUGCCCCCUUCCUGCCAUGCAGUUCUACCUGACAAGCUGGCUCCAGCAGCUGGUUAUUUGGCCAAUGAAGUGUUAGAGUCAACUCUCUUCCGCUGCCCUGGCUCGUUGGGCUCUUAAGUAGCAAAGUGAGUGAACUCUCAUGUAAAAGCUCAGCUGUGGGCCUCAAGCGUCACUAAACACAGGCACCUGUCAGAUUGGAGGAGUGCAUGGAGCUACCCCUUCUGUUUUGCCACCUGUUUAUCAGGGCCGCUCCACCUGUGUACAGGCUGAGGCUGAGGCAGGCACCAUAAGUCUGGUUUCAAGCCCCCUCACUCCCGGGGGGCAGGUACCAUGUACAGCUGCUGCAGGGAAUCCAGGUCACUUACAUUCUGCUUCGGCCCUUUUCUGUUUAACAGUGGGGAUGGCCAUUGCAGGCAAUGGCUGAACCAAACCCAGCCUUCCCGGGAGCUCUGGCCGCCUCGUCCCGUUAUUUGUAUAAGUUGCAGUUGUAGCCUGAGCUCUCCCUGAGAGAUGCUGGUCAUUGUGGGUAAAGACGUGAUGCGUUUAUGAAACUAGCACCAGUCCAGUGUAUGCAAUACAAAGAUUUGCCUUAA